CAGAACCAUUCAUAAUAUUCGUGGCCCCCAGUAAAUCCCAAUAGAUUCUUCAAUUACAACUUCAUAUCCAAAUAAAUCCACAUGUAUAUAGAAUAACCCAGAUUCUUGAUCUUCUUAAGCUUGUGUUGUUGCUCUGAAUUCUGUCAUAUACCACUCUCUCUCUCUCAGUCUCUCUCUGCAGAUGAGUUCAUCUUAAACCAUGACAAGGACUAGGGUGAAAAGAUAGGCUCUAAGAGACCUGUCUCAAACCGCAGCCCCCCUGAAACACAGCCUCCCUUGAAGAAGCUAGAUGGAGAUCCGUUAAUCAUAACUGCAAAGGACACUAUGGAGAUAUUUUUGGAUCAUAUGCAUAUGUGAUUCGUGUUAUGUCUUUGGUAUGAAGUAUAUGAAGAUUGCACAUAGAAAUCCUAAAAACUGGCAGACCAUGUGUCAAUUGACAAAUAUGGUUUGAAUGCAUCAAGAAAUGAGAAACUUUUAUGAAUGGUCUGGACCGAGUCAUAGGCUGCUGAAAAGCUACAAUGUUGGCUAUCUCUUUUGUAGGUCUUAGUCCUUUGAAUGGUUGAGAACCAAUUUGUACGGAGGUGCGUCUCAUACAGCAUAAAUGCUGCCUUUUAAAAUCUUGCUUUUGUUGCUCAUUUCUCUCCUUGUGAUUAGGUAUUUUCUAUCAUUUGAAGGUAAUAAUAUCAUGGUUCAAAUAUGUUGACCGUUCACACCCCGGGAGCUUUCAGCAACUGCUUGUCACAUUUGGACCCUAACAUACUACACGAGGCUGCACCCUGUAAGGUUACACAUGUUAAUCCGUUGAUCCAUACUGUCAUUUAUCCUAGCUCUGUGAAGGGUACUUGUAAUAGAGGGUUGCAGAGUCCUUCCUUCUCUUGGAAAGGACGUACCCAACCUAAGAUCCAGCACCUCUCACACCAAUCUGCUUCGAAGAUAUGGCUGUGCCGAUCACAAGAUUCCAUUUCACCAGAAAAUGAGUAUCGCUCAUCACGCAACAUAGCAAUCAGUUUGUUUAGGCGCUAUAGGAACUUCAUCGACCGCGGAGGAGGUGACAACCUAAAAGAGUUCAUCAGCGCUGGGGUAAAUGCAUACGCACUGGGAUGCACUGAUGAAGGAUUAAGGAAAGAACUUACUGACUUGAAGGAAACUGGUGUUGAAAUUGAAGCAAUGCAAACUUAUGGUGGAAGCACCAGUCUUAAAUCCAAGAUUUUUACUGAGGAGGUUGAUGAGUGUAUUUUGUGGUUGAGCAUCAUAUUCAUCACCAUCCUCUGUACACCACAACCAACUAUAGUUCGAUGGUCAUCCACGCCUCCAGUGUCAGAGGAAAUGAUACUUCAGUGGAAAGGCUUUUGUGCGGUUAUAGCAAAUGCUUACUAUAUGAGAGGAAUGGCCUGGCUUCCAGUGAAGACUCUUCAACUUGAGCAAAUGGCAGUGGUGGGUUAUGCUGAGGAGCCAUCAGUUGUUGCUAGCCGAAUGAGAUUAGUGUUUAGCACUCUUGAGGUCGUGAGUCCACAGUGGCCAAGAGUGUAGAGGAGUAGGUUUCCCGUUCCAUUGAAAGAAAGAAAUAAUGUAAUUUAGUGUAUCAAAAUAUUUAGCAAAUUCUGGGAUUUUUUCAUGUAAAUUAGAUUGCACACCAGUGUUUGGAGCAAUUUAUACCGUGAGCCUGAAAUGGGUUGAAGAAUCAAUUUUUUUUUUAUAAAGGCUAAAACUAAAGUCGUCUAUUUUGACUUUUUUACCCCAUUAGCACCUCCCUAAAAGUCGUACAUAUGACUGUCAUCAAA